CUCGAUACUUUACUCAAAAGAAUACUCCUUCCGAUUAUUUAUGUACAACAAUUUCAGUUAAAUGGCUGCCGCGGCUGGUCUGGCAGUAGUCCAUCCUCUUAACCCAAUUUUGAAGCACAUUUUAGAUAGUUUGUGGGUCUAUUUCAUCAAUAGCUCAACGGAUAUUUUCCUUAAGAACAUCAAUUUUUUGAGGAUCGUUAGUAUCGAUUGGCUGGUGUGACAUCUUGCGCCACCCUGCUGGAACCAGAGAUUGUGCAAGUG